UUGCUCCACCCUUGUAAAUAAUGUAAAUAUACUUAAGGUUAUUUAUUUUUGUACUGCAAUAUAUUUGUUUGGGGGAUGGGUGGCAGGCUCCUCCCAUCUCCUUGGUUGUCAUUUUUUUUUCAACAAUAAACUUAUCAAAUCAAAAUCAAGCGAUAUCUUGGCAAGGACACAGGUCCCUCAUGUUUUCCAAGACUAACACUAUAUUCAUUCAUUUAGGGAUAUUGUGUCAUUAUUUACUCACUAUCUACCUUCAUUAUUUUGUUCAUUUUAUUCUGAAACUAUCCUUCAUUAAUUAAUUAGAAGAAAACACUCUAUUUUUAGUUUUAUUAGUGGUGUGUUGGCAAGGACAGCGCCACCUCACGUUUUUCAGGACUGGAACUAAAUCCAGAUAGAUAGCAGGGUUGCCAGGUGGUGCCAAAUUUGGCAAACUGUGCCAUAAAAUGGCUAUCUCUUAAAAAACUGCCAAAUUCUUAUGGCAUUUUUGUAGUUUUGCCAUAAAAAUGCCAUAUUUUGAGAAAUGUUUAUAAUUUCCUAUCAAAUCUGCAUAGUUUUUUUUACCCCCCGCCCCCCCUCAUGGAAUCGGUGGAGAUUUUUAUUUCACUCUUAUCCAAGAUGGUAAAUUAAAUAGCCUGGGUUAAAAAAUUGCCGUUUUCUAUAGUGAUAUUUAAGAACUUCACGGCACUGUAAACAAAAACACUCGUCUGGCGGGCUACCAGCAGGCUUUGGAGCCACGGCUAUGCUAUUCCUUGGCUUAUAAAUUUAUCAUCAUGCCCAAGGGAACUAAGAAGCCAUGGAUGGACUUGCAUAAGCGUUGACUUUUGAGGGACGUGAAUCGCAUCUCCACCCAGGCAGGAACAAGGAGGCGGAGUUUGAAUCGCGCUGUGGCCACUCUCACUCUGUCACUGUCACACCAAGGCAGCCAGCACCACCUCCACCGCCACUCUGAAGGAAGAGCUUCAUCACCAGCAGCAGCAGCAGCAGCAGCAGCCAGAGCUAUGGACGACAACGUAGAGGACUGCCCUGUGUGCCUCAACACCUUUGACGACACCCACAGGCGGCCACGCAACCUGCCGUGUGGGCAUACAAUUUGCACGCCGUGCAUUAAUGAACUGAAGGAACAGGGUGCCGUCACGUGCCCCACGUGCAGGGUGAGUCACGCCCUGCCUGAGGCCGGCCAGUUCCCUAUCUCCUAUAUCACAGAGGCCUUUAUCAGGAAGAUGAGAGGUGCAGGACUGGCCUGUGUGGCACCCAAGCUAGGAAAGCAGCUGACAGCUCCGGCAGCAGUGACACAGCCUGCACCAAGGGCCACAGCGGGACUCAGCAAGAGGACACGGUCCCUGCUGCAGGAGCAAGAGGCAAAGGUCCUGGCCGCCAUCCGCUCCUGCCAGGAGGAGCAGAGCCAGCUGGCAGACUACCGGACAACCCUGGGUGGGUGGUGUGGCCGCCAGCAGCAGCUGGAGGACGACCUCCAGACGCUGGUGGACCAGAGCAAGGGUGCCCGGGAGGCGAUAAGCCGCGAGGACUCCCGCGUGGAGGGCAGGCAGGAGAAGGUGCGGCAGAGAGGAGGCGCUGCACGCCAUGCUGCAGGAGCUGCGCACCCCAUCAACACGACAGGAAGCUUACGAGGUGAUUGAGGAUGCAGACCAUCUGCUGGAGGAGGAGGAGGAGGAGGAGGAGAGGGCGGCAGUGUUUCCUGACGUCCACGUGGUCACCACCGUCGCCAGGGUUGCAGAGUCAUCCCGUUCAGCCCUGCAGGCCGCCACCCUGCAGGCCACACAGACGGCCAUUGAGCCAGCAGGCUCUACUGCUGCUGCUGCUGCUGCUGCUGCAGGUGACUCCAGCCUCUCG